CCAAUAAAGUCAGAACGCCAAAACUACUGGCUGAAACCAUAGAAACGACGAGGAAGCUUCUGCAUUUGAUCGCGGAGCAACAUUUAAUAUGUUAAAAGUCGACAUAGUCUAUUAAGUGCCUAUUAUUAAUACGUAGAAUUAAUUAGGAUACAACACGUUACUUCACUGGUUUCAUCCGCAAAUCUUAUUAGCUUCGCCAGUUAGCUACAAAUUAGCUGGAGCUUGCUUUGAAAAUGUCCAAAGUGAAAAUUCUCUUUGUUGGACCCAGUGAGAGUGGAAAAACAGUUCUUGCCAAUUUCCUUUCUGACACAACAGAAAACAUCGGGGGUGAUUACAGACCUACGCAAGGAGUCAGGAUACUGGAAUUUGAAUCACAAACGGAAGGCGGUGGUGAUAAACACAUGUGUGAAGUUGAACUUUGGGACUGUUCUGGAGAUUUCAAAUUUGAAUCAUGCUGGGCUGCACUGAUGAAGGACUCCAGUGGUGUGGUGAUCGUCUUUGAUCCCAGUGUUUCAAGUCAUCUUAAAGAAAUUGAGACAUGGCAUUCGAUGUUCAUUGCCUCGCAGGCUAUGCAGGACAGCCAGUGCCUGCUGAUUGCUCAUCACAAGCCCGGCGGUGGAGCAAAGGAGAGAUGGCUACCUUUAGCUCCACAUUUAAGCAGACUCCCGCUUAUUCAAGCUAACCUGGAGGAGGAACCAGAGGAUGUGAGGCAAGCAUUCUGUAGAUACUUAGGAAAUGUUUUAAACACGCUGUCAGAAAGUCAAGAGCGAGAGGAGAUGUCCGUCAUUGCAUAACAACAAAAGCAUUAAAAACUGCAUCUUUGUGAAAA